GGUAAAAUUCUUUGUGGUGUGGGUGCUAAGUAAAAUAUCUACCAUCAACAAUGGAAUUCGUUUUAAUGACAACCACUUCGACUCCGACCACGUCGAGGAGCGGUUCGGUUAUGAAGUUCGGAGACUAUAGAGAAGACGAUCAAAAAAUCGAUGAAGCAGCAGCUUUGCCGCUGGAGAAGGAGUUUCUCCAAAUUGGAUCGGAUUCCGAUGAUGAAGAUCAGGCAUUGCUCGAAGGAUUCAAUGUGUUGAGUGCACGUCAUCGGUUGAGUUCGUAUGACUUUUGCACGAAACUUGAUCUUGACCAAGAUCAACAAAAAGGGCUUCAACUGGAGGUUGGCGUUCAUAUUUCGCAAGAAAAUCCAUGGAAACAAGUUCGGAAAGAGGCACUGCUCGACUAUCUGCCCGAUGAUGAAUCUGGACCACCUGAAGUGGCUGAAUUUCGUUUGAAAUUACUUGAAUUGGAUGGAGAUGCUUUGGUACUAGUUGGUUUUGCAGCGGCAAUCACGGAUAUUGAAAAUACAGACACAUUUUUGUUCUAUGCCGAUCCGGAGGCAGCCAAGGAAUCAGUUAGUCUCAUUCAACGUUUGGAAGCGUUCGAAAGGCAACGCGUUAACAAAACCAUUUUUAAAUAUCCACGACCGUGGAAUAGCUUUGGAAGCGAAAUCGAAGUCGAUUUACAAGUUGAAAAGAAGCAAAAGGAUAAAGUUGAAGUGGAAAUUCAGCGGCUAUAUUCGAAUAAUAAGACUCCGGCACCGCUUUCAUUUCGAUUUGCUGAAGAUGUUCGCGAUGGCUAUGUCGAAUUGGUGCCAAAACACAAGAAUAUCGAUGUUGUAAUGAGAAGAACCGUGUCGGUUGCCGUUCAAUCUGCAGCACAACUUGUCGAAUGUGAACAACAAACUCAUCCAACGUUUCCAGCGAAUGCAUGGUCACAAUACUCCUAUGAACUUCCCACUGAUCCCAACAAUACCGAGGAAAGCGUCGGUGAUAAUGAUGCAACUGAUGUCGAAGCAUCGUGCGCUGAUGGCGAGGAAGACGAAGAGGUGGAAGAAGGAAAGUCCAACGAUUUCAUUGGCCCAUCCGAUGCGAUGAAGGAGCUUAUUCGAGUUUUGGAAUUCAAUGCCGUUGAUAUGUACAGAGAUGAUUACACGCAUAUUGCACUGAAAUCGAUCAAGCAAUACGAAGAGCCAGUCAUCACGGAAGUAUUUUGUUUCAUCGAUCCAAGCCGAUGUGCUGACCGUUUUGUGAAUGCGUUCGCAUGGCAUCCAACAUUGUCUGGCAUUUUUGUUGUAUCUUACACAUACAAAGGAUUAAGCACAUUCGUCAAAGACGAAAAAAUACCCGAUGCCGAAAAGAAUAAGCGAUCGAUAAUGUUGUCGAAUCCGGUUCUGAUGUGGUCAUUCGUCGAUACACUUUAUCCAAAAUUGGUAUUGGAAUCGCCUCGGGAAGUAACCUUUCUGUCAUUCUGCCCGUAUGACGCGAAUUUAUUGAUUGGUGGCCUAGUAACUGGACAAUUGAUAAUUUGGGAUUUAAAAAAUUGCUUGCAUCGCAUCGAACAUCCGGAAGAAUUAACGGAUAAACAAGAGAAAAACCGUGAAAAAAUGCAUUCGUUCAUGACUUGGUCGAAAUUUGUUGAGAAUAUUCAACGGAAUGUCGUUCGACCGGUGGCAAUUUCACAUUAUGAAUUGUCCCACAAAAAGUUGAUAACCAGCAUCAAGUGGUUGAAUCGCAAACACAAUGUAGCUACGACAGGAUUGAUUCAAGAGAGCAUCAAACCGAAUGAGUUUUUUCGACAAUUUGUGACAGCCUCAUUGGAUGGCACCGUUUUGUUCUGGGAUCUUGAUUUUGUCAAUCCGGACUUGGCGCCAAGUGAAAUCAAGCGUACCGAUACAAAGAGGAAACUAUCGGUGCCGGAAGAACCUCCCUCACCAUAUGAAAAGUUGAAUGGAGUUUUUCGGCCAGUUUACGCGGCAACAUGCGAACAACCAAUCUCUAGUUUGAUCAUUGACGAUGGAUUGUUCAGAUACGAACCGGUGGGUGAUGCUAAAAGUGACAAAAUUGACAAGAGAAUUGAAUUCAAAGUGAUACAUGAACAACAAGAGAAAGCAAGCAAUCGUCUGCUUGUUUCAUCUUUGUUGGGCUCAAUUGGCACUUACAUUUUCGAAGGAUUUUUGUACAAAGAGGGAAAGCCGGAAAAAGCGAAAAAGAUUGAAACCUAUGAUACCAUUCACAAUGGGCCCAUUCUAAUGAUUGAACGUAACCCAUUCAUGCCUGGAGUGCUUGUGUCUGCGGGACAGAAGAUAUUCGCCAUUUGGAGUGAAAGCAAUCAAUCAGUUCCAAUUCUUUGGCGGCGUCGAGAAUCAAACAUCACGUGUGCUCAAUGGAGCCCAACCCGAAUAUCAUUGUUCUUCAUCGCUCGUUACGGUGGCACCAUUGAACUUUGGGAUUUACUAACUCGCACCGAUGCGCCUUGCAUUUCACACGAUGCAGGCACAACGAUAAUCACCGUAAUAACACAACACAAAUUGGGUCUUCCAACGGAUAUUUUAAUGGUUGCCGAUCAAAAGGCCAAUUUAAGAGCAUUCACAUUGCCGUCUGUUUCACGGCCCAAUCAUGAUGAUCAUGAUAAAUUCAAAGCGUUGAUUGAGAACGAAUUGCGGCGGAAGGAGCGAUUCAGUGAAUGGCAACAAUCAUACACCGAAAAGAAUGAACAUUUGAAUGAGCCAAAAGAGCUCAUUCGCGAAGAAUCACGCAGAAUACUAGAAUUGUCUGUUUCACAACCAACAGAUUUAGACCACAAACCGAGAUCGGAUAAAGAAAAGGCGAAAGAUGAAAAGAGACACAGCAGCGUUAGAGCAAAGUCUAUUUCGAAGAAUGUAAAACCAAAGCACGUAUUCGAUUUGAGUGAGCGCCUACACGCAAAAUGGGAAGAUAGAAUGAUGAAACGAUCUCUGAAAGCCCUGCUAAAGUUGAAGCGGUUCGAUCCCGAGCAAAUUGCAAUGAAAAUGAAACCAGAAUUAGAUAGGAGAGCCUAUAAUGCGCAGAAAAAGCGAGCGAUUGAACAACAAUUUAGAAAUAUUCACCAUGAGGUCAGCGAAAUUCGGGCCAGACUAAUUCCACCGAAAGAUGUCGAUCAUGAGGCUGAACGCCUCAAUUUUAUCACAACAAACGUGGAAAAUAUGCUAAAAAGCGUCUUGGAUGGUUUCAAAUUCGACAUGAUUAAAGCCGAACUCAACCAAAAGUUGGACGCCUCCAAAGCGGAUGUUAUUACGAUAAAAUGGCAUGAGCUGCUCGACCGUGCGCAGACAACACGAUCUAAACUUAGCAAAGCCAUAUAUGAAAAGCGACGUAAAGCGUACAUUGGGAAAUCAGCACAAAUUGACGCCAAAACGAACGAAUAAAUUGUAUCGCUCGUGUUCAUAG